AUGGAUGUGAUCAAGAAUCUUGUCAUUAAUGUCUCCAUUUCUGAAAGAACUUGGGACUCGUCACACAUGCCCUUCCUCUACAAUGCUCUCAUAUCUGCUGUGACGAAUGAAAAAUUGAGAGGAGAUGUUCUUUCUGUCGUUUGUAAAUUAGCAGUGAAUCCAUCCAAAGUGGUGCGAUCUGCAGUGGCUGAUAUUCUUGUUGAAUUGAUUCAACCAUUGAGCUCUGACGUAUUGUCAGCAACGGUCUUGCCUGCAUUGAUUACGCUCGCCUCAGACAUGGAAGCUGAAAUCAAAGUCAAGGCAGUAAGAGGUUUAGGCAAAUUGGCUUGCAAUUUGAAUGAAGUGGCAGAUUUCGACAAGCUAGCAACUCAAAUCGAAAGCAUUUUGGAAACCAGAGAUCGAACCAUGUUUAAAGAAAUUCUAAUCAUGUUCUCAAAGAUUAUUCCUGAGGUGGAGUCCUAUUUCCGUGACUUUUUCAUUAUUAAGAAAUUGGUUUGGCUUGGCAAGCAAAACAACCUUAAUAGUGAUCUGAGAGAUCGACGAGACACUGCCGGAUAUAUUUUAGAUAAUUACAGAGCUCUCAAUGGCUGCAUGUUAACUGAUGACAUUAUUGAUCAGAUCAUUGAAGGUCUUGACUAUCUUUCAAAGGAUUGUGAAUUAAUUACUGACUCAUCGGUAGCAUCAUUUGUCUCUCAAAUGAAGGAAGAGCUUGAACACAUUUUGGAACAGCAUGCAAAAGAAGAAAAUAAGGGUUCUACUCUAAUUUCAUUGACCUCUCUCUUUGAAAAGAUGAAACCAUCAACAAAUGAUGGUACUAAUUCAUCCAUGGGAUCAUCCUCCAUUUCCACAACCACCUCAUCGACCAUGACGAACUCUUCAACAGCUGCAACCAGUGGUGCCGGUAGUGGCGCUGUAAGUAGUGCCUCAUCUUCCACACAGCCAUCCACAACAGCAACAGGAGGCACAGGUUCAACCACCGCAACAGGUAACACUACCAAUUGGCAAGGCAUUUCUGGAGGGGCCAAGACCACUGACGAUAGCCAAAUGAAGGAAAAUCUUAAAAAGAUCUUUACUUUUGGUCUCAUGAACACCAAGAAACAAUAA